CACGACUGCACGUCUUACGCGCCAAUUGCUCCACCUCUACAUCUGCGUCGCCUUAGGGCCAUAUGAGGCUCCCCGCAGAUCCAUCUUGACCUUCUAAACGAGGCUCCCUGUUCACUCUGCUACGACUCCGCCCCAACUCGCCCACCAUCCGACUGCCUCUUCCUGACACCACUGCCCUCGGGCUUUCUUACUUUCGCUAUGGCACUACUGCAGCGCGGCUCGACUGAUGCCAGCACACCGCCAACCACAGAAUCGCCAGCCUCCGCCUCCCGGCCGUCCGCAGAUGCUGCCUCGUCAAGCUCCUCCCUCACCUCACCCCGGUCGCGGAAGCAAUUGGGACUCUUCGUCGCCGGCGCGUCCUUCUUCAUGAUCUCUACAAUCAUCACCAGGCGCUCCAUGAUCCGAAGAUACAAACAGGUCCAGCCCACGUUCUACCAGCCGAACACAAAACCCAACCUCUCCUUCAAUGCAGGUCUGGAAGCCUUCGAAGCUCUGAACAUCGCGACUAUGAACGUCGCUAGCUUUUCCAUGUUGGUGACUGGUGGUACACUGUGGGCAUUCGACAUAUCGAGUAUGGACGACCUGCGGCGGAAGAUACGAGGUGGCCUAGGUGUCGACGGCACUGGCAGGUCGGAGCAGGAUGCAGAAGAGGAGAUUGAAGAGUGGCUAGCAACAGUGCUUGCCCGGAAGGAUGAAAAAGAGCGAAAAAGAAAAGGCGGUGCGGAUGAACAGAGGACUAAUGAACGAGGUGCGCCUCGGUAGGCUCGAAGGACUGUUACUGUUAUGCAUACUGGCUGGUUGUACAGAUACUGUACAAAUAUACCUCCCGUUGGAGUUGGGUGAUAAAAGACUUUACUUUACGCAUUAUACCAUAAUCUCAGGAUGGCUUCGAACGUUCGCGUGCUAUAUUUGAAGCUUGAGAUGAAAUUCCUUCUAUACAACAGCAACGCAGCUUCCAAGAUCACAAGAAUUAAGGUGAAUGCCUUCAAUCCCGAGCGCGCCGUUCUUGACUUCGUGCAUACUAUUACACCAUA